AUGACCAGGUCGUUCAUCUCCGAUCGCUGCCCCGCUCCCACCGCUCUCCUCCCCCCGCACCCAGCCAGGAGCCGGCGAGAGCCCGAGCGGCACCGGCGCAGGGCUGAGCCCCGGGGCGGAGCUGGCGGCGGGGGAGGGCAGAGCGAAGGAGAGAAGCGGCGCUGGCGGAGCAGAGAGCCGGGGCUGAGGGGGCAGCGAGGCUCGGCCGGCGCCAUGCGGCGGUGCCGGGGCGCGGGGCUGGCGGCGCUGGGCGCGGUGCUGCUCGCUGUGGCUGCCGACACAGACCGAGUGCAGCAGAAGCCGUGGGCAGAGACCACCGAGGGCACCGGCCUGAACCUCACUUGCCUGCACCCCGAAAUUGCUGCCGACUCUACCCAGUGGUAUCGCCAAUUCCCAGACCAAGCACCGCAGCUGAUAGUAACGGCUGUCCGAGGCACAAAACCCGUGCUGGAGCCAGAGGGGACUCUGUGGGUGUCGGCAGAUCGGCGUUGGAGCGCGCUGUGGCUCGGGCGGCCCCGGCGCGGGGACGCGGCCGUGUAUUACUGCGCGCUGGGCCACGGGCAGAGGAGCCGGGGCUGCGGCCGGCUCACCCUGAUGCUCACCGGCUUUUCCAUCCUGAUGGAGACCCGACGCUCGCCCCACUCCCACCGCUCUCGCCUCCUUUCUCUGUCCGGGCUCGCCGAGCAGCGGCGGCGCACGGCUCUGCUCUGGGGCGGAGCUGGGGGCGGUGGAGAGAAAUGA